UUUUCAUCAUUGGAUUAGGGUUUUUGUGUUUCCUUCGUCUGGAAACCCACCCUCUUCCAUUCACAUUCUCUCUCCCUCCGAAUCUCACCGUACAUGUUUCUUUAUCAUUGGCAUUCCCCUUUUCAUUCAUGACCUCAUUUUCCCAGUUCUUCAAAUUCCAUUUAGUACUCUGUGCCCUAAUUUCAUGAUUUCAGCAAUGGGAAGCAAAGGCCGCAUUUCGCCGCCUCCGCACCUGCGCGUUCCGCUGCGUCUCAGCAUGCAGAGAUGAAGCGCCUGACGACGGAGAACCAGCUGCUCGCACUGCUGUCCACGCAUACGUGGCGACACUGGAGGAGUGAGCUGGAGCAGCAGCAGGCUCGCGGGGAGGCGCAGCACUUCAAAAGCGCAGCACUUCAGGAACUGCAGAGGGUUCACACUGAUGUUGUUCAGAUCCCUGCACUUAUCUCUGAGCUUGAAUGCCUCAGACAGGAUUAUCAGCAUUGCAGAUCGUCAUCCCGUCGCGACAGAUGCAUCUUUUACGGAUCGUCAUAUCAUGCAAUGGGAAGCAAAGGCCGCAUGCCACCGCCUCCACACCUGCGGCGUUCGAUUCCGCCGGGUCCCGCCGUGAUGCCGCACCAGCUUGUCGCACCGUUUGAUCUACUCCCGCCGCCGCAGGUGAUGGAGCAGAAGCUAGCGUCUCAGCAUGCGGAGAUGCAGCGCCUGGCGACGGAGAACCAGCGGCUUGCAGCUACGCAUGGUGCGCUGCGGCAGGAGCUAGCGGCGGCCCAGCACGAGCUGCAGAUGCUCCACGCACACGUGGCAGCUCUUAAGGGAGAUCGGGAGCAGCAGGUGCGCGUGCAGUUGGAGAAGAUCUCGAAGAUCGAGAGCGAAGCCCAGAACGCAGAGGGUGUGAAGUUGGAGCUGCAGCAGUCUCGCGGAGAGGCACAAAACCUUGUUUUGGCUAGGGAUGAACUUGUUUCGAAAGCGCAGCACUUGACUCAGGAACUGCAGAGGGUUCACACUGAUGUUGUUCAGAUUCCCGCCCUUAUAUCAGAACUUGAAUGCCUCAGACAGGAGUAUCAGCAUUGCAGGGCCACUUUUGACUACGAAAAAAAAUUAUACAAUGAUCACCUUGAGUCACUUCAGGUGAUGGAAAAGAACUAUGUUUCUAUGAGUAGAGAAGUGGAAAAACUUCGAGCCGAGCUAUCAAACACUGCUAAUGUGGAUCGGAGAAAUAGUGGGCCAUAUGGUGGCACGUCUGGAACUAAUGAUAACGAGGCUUCUGGUCUUCCUGUGGGGCAAAAUGCUUAUGAAGAUGGUUAUUCUGUCAUGCAGGGACGUGGUCCCCUCCCUGCAGCCAGUGGGGGUGGAGGCAGUGCUACUACACUUGCUUCUACUGGAGUUCAACCGGGUUCAACUCCUGCAGGGACGGGUUAUGAUCCUCCCAGAGGACCUAGUUAUGGUUCAUCUGCAGGACCUAAUUAUGACACACAGAGGAGUGUUACCUAUGACACGCAAAGGCUGACUGGUUACGAUGCCUUUAGAGGAUCUACUUAUGAUUCCAAGAGAGGGGCAAUUUUUGAUGCUCAAAGAACUUCCUAUGAUCCACAGAGAGGUUCAGGAUAUGAUAUGCAGAGAGGAACUGGUUACGAUUCAUCGAGAGCUGGUGGCUAUGAUACACAGUCUAGAGGGGUUGGUGGUCCUCAUGGACAUGCUCCACCCGUGAACAAUAUACCUUAUGGAUCCACAACCCCGCCUGCUCGUAGUGGAGGUGGAUAUGAAGCUACUCGAGGUGUAAACUCCGGUCGAAGAUGAUGAUGACGACCUGAGUUUUGGAACUUCAGUCAUGAACAUUUGGUUUUGUCCUAUCUUGUUGUAAUGUGCAUAGUCCACGAGAGGGAAAACAAAUGUUCGUCAUUAUUGGGAAGACAUUCUCCCGCCACAUGAAUUUGGUAACACAUUACCCAUCUAACUUGCCUAUAUAUUUUAUUUGAUAUUUGGGAUGUGGUUUAAUUUUAUUAA